GAGCCCGCUCGGGAGAUGUGGGGCGGGCGGAAAAGCCCGCGGUCGUUGGCGGAUGGCUGCGCCGCCAGGCACUUGGCAAAGGUCGCUCAUUCAACAGACUAUGUAGAGAAGCCCUUGAAGUUGGUCCUCAAAGUGGGAGGGAACGAAGUCACCGAACUGUCCACGGGCAGCUCAGGGCACGACUCAAGCCUCUUCGAAGACAGAAGCGAUCACGACAAACACAAGGACAGAAAGCGGAAAAAGCGCAAGAAAGGAGAGAAGCCGCUUCCUGGGGAAGAGAAAGGGAGAAAACGGAGGCGAGUAAAGGAGGACAAAAGGAAGCGAGAUCGAGACCGUGUGGAGAAUGAGGCAGGAAAUGAUCUCCAGUGUCAGGGGCCUAUAAGACUGGACUUGCCUCUUGAGAAGCCUCUCACAAGUUCUUUAGCCAAGCAAGAAGAAGUAGAACAGACACCCCUUCAAGAAGCUUUGAAUCAACUGAUGAGACAGUUGCAAAGAAAAGACCCAAGUGCUUUCUUUUCAUUUCCUGUGACUGAUUUUAUUGCUCCUGGCUACUCUAUGAUCAUUAAACACCCAAUGGAUUUUAGUACUAUGAAGGAAAAGAUCAAGAAUAAUGACUACCAGUCCAUAGAAGAACUAAAGGAAAAUUUCAAACUAAUGUGUACUAAUGCUAUGAUUUACAACAAGCCAGAGACCAUUUACUAUAAAGCUGCAAAGAAGUUAUUACACUCGGGCAUGAAAAUUCUUAGCCAGGAAAGAAUUCAGAGCCUGAAGCAGAGCAUAGAAUUCAUGGCAGACUUGCAGAAAACUCGAAAGCUGAAAGAUCACACAGACACCUCCCAGAGUGGAGAGGACAGCAGCUGCUGGCCAAGGGAGAAGGGACUCUCUGGAGCUGCAGAGCCACAGGCCAUCAAAAGCCCCAACAAGGAAAAUAAAAAGAAAGACAGAGAUAUCUUUGAAGAUAAAUAUAAAAGCAGUAGUUUAGAAAGAGAACAAGAGCAGAUUGACCGGCUCAUCAGGGAGUCUGGAGGAAAACUGACCAGGCGGCAUGUUAAUAGUCAGUGUGAAUUUGAAAGAAGAAAGCCAGAUGGGACAACGACAUUGGGACUUCUUCAUCCUGUGGAUCCUAUUGUCGGAGAACCAGGCUACUGCCCUGUAAAACUGGGAAUGACCACUGGAAGACUUCAUUCUGGAGUGAACACUUUGCAGGGGUUCAAAGAGGAUAAAAGGAACAAAGUGACUCCAGUGUUAUACUUGAACUAUGGACCUUAUAGUUCGUAUGCACCACAUUAUGAUUCUACAUUUGCAAAUAUCAGCAAAGAAGAUUCUGAUUUAAUCUACUCAGCCUAUGGGGAAGACUCUGAAUUUCCAAAUGAUUUCAGUGUUCAUGAGUUUUUGGCCUCAUGUCAUGAUUAUCCAUAUGUUAUGGCUGACAGUUUACUGGAUGCUUUAACAAAAGGAGGAUAUUCUAGGACCCUACAAGAAUUAGAGAUGUCAUCACCUGAAGAUGAAGGCCAAACUAGGACGCUUGACAUAUCAAAAGAGAUGGAGGUUACAGAAAUAGAGCCAGCAGAACAUUUGGACUACAGCAACCACGACAGGCUCACAGCACUGAAAGCAGUCACAAACUUUGGCAUGCCAGUUGAAGUGUUUGACACCGAAGAAGCGGAAAUAUUCCAGAGGAAACUUGAUGAGACCACCAAAUUGCUGAGGGAGCUCCAGGAAGCCCAGAAUGAACGUCUGAGCACCAGACCCCCUCCCAACAUGAUCUGUCUUUUGGGUCCUUCUUAUAGGGAAAUCUAUCUUGCUGAACAAGUGACCAAUAAUCUUAAAGAACUUGCACAGCAAGUUACUCCCAGAGAUAUUGUAAGCAUGUAUGGAGUUCGGAAAGCGAUGGGGAUUUCUAUUCCUUCCUCCAUCAGAGAAAACAGCUUUGUAGAUUUAACAGAAGAUUUUGAAGAAUCAAACAAGACUGAUGCUACUGACUAUACCUGAUGGAAUUUGAAGCAAACAGGUUAUAUAUAAUGUACAUAUUUUUCACUCUUGACUUGGGAAUGCUUUUCAGAAGAUAUUAAAUAUUUGUAAAUUGUGUUUUUUAAUUAAACCUUGGAACAAUUUUAAUGUUCCAGAGAUUGGACUUCUAUUAAGUAAUAAAGUUGAACCUGAAACUCUGAA